AUGUCAGACAAAGUUUACGGGGAAUACCCAACCUACUACAAACAGCCCAUCAGAUGGGCUCGUUACCAUGCACACACCAAGCCACACUUCUUCUGGUCUGUGUUGUUGGGUCUUAGUGCCCCAGUCUUGUUGUUGGCCACUCCUUUGAGAAGAAAGUACUUGUACGCCGACCACGAGCCAAUUCCUAACGUUUACCCAUUGCCAACCAGACAAAGAGAUCAAAACUUGACUGGUUACGACGACGAGUAA